AUCCUCCGACUCUCCUAAGCCACUCUUCUUGUCUGGCUAGGACUCGUCAUUUCCUCCGUUGUCUUCAUCAACAUCCUCCCAUCCCUCCUUCAUCUCUUAUCAUCCCAUCAGCAAUCACAAUCCCGUAUUGUACUUCCGCAGUGGUCUAUCCUUGAGUUCUUUUGGCGAUAGCAUCCACUCGUCUUGAAGAUGAGAAGUGACUUCAUCGUCGCAGCAGCAGCGCUGCUUGGAGCCGCCGAUGCCGGAAUUCAUCGUAUGAAGCUCCAAAAGGUGCCUUUGGAAGACCAGCUUAGUGCUGCCAACAUUGGCGAUCAUCUCAACGCCCUUCGCCACAAAUACAGUCAGAAGGUGAUCGGAGGUCCAGCUGAGGACAUCUUCAGGCAUACCUCGAUUGAUCUGGAGAAAGGACCUCAUAAUGUUCCAGUCGAGAACUUUUUGAAUGCGCAGUACUUUAGUACCAUCGCCCUUGGCACCCCUCCCCAGGAGUUCAAGGUGGUUCUUGACACUGGCAGCUCCAACCUUUGGGUCCCUAGCACCGAGUGCGGAUCGAUCGCCUGCUACCUCCACCAGAAGUACGAUUCCUCUGCAUCGUCAACUUUCAAAAAGAAUGGAUCAGAAUUUGGCAUUCGGUAUGGCUCUGGCGAGGUCGCAGGCUUCAUCUCCCAAGAUGUCCUGCGGAUCGGCGACUUGACCAUCAAAGAUCAACUCUUUGGAGAAACCACCAGCGAGCCUGGCCUUGCCUUUGCCUUUGGCCGAUUUGAUGGAAUUCUGGGAUUGGGUUACGAUUCUAUUGCCGUCAAUCACAUUCCUCCUCCAUUCUACAAUAUGGUUGAUCAGAAGCUGAUUGAUGAGCCCGUCUUCGCUUUCUACCUUGGAAACACCGAUGAUGGAACCGAGUCGGAAGCCACAUUUGGAGGCGUUGAUGAGAGCCACUACACAGGAAAGCUCAUCAAGAUUCCAUUGCGACGAAAGGCGUACUGGGAAGUCAACCUUGACUCCAUCACCUUUGGAAAGGAGACCGCAGAUCUCGACAACACCGGCGUGAUUCUUGACACCGGUACUUCCCUCAUCGCUCUCCCUUCUACCUUGGCAGAACUGCUCAACCAGGAGAUUGGUGCAAAGAAGGGCUUCAACGGACAAUACACAGUGGAAUGUGACAAGCGUGACUCUCUACCAGAUGUCAGCUUUGAGCUCAGCGGAUACAAGUUCGACAUCACCGCCUACGACUACAUCUUGGAGGUCCAGGGCUCCUGCAUUUCAAGCUUUAUGGGCAUGGAUUUCCCAGCCCCCACUGGACCCUUGGCCAUUCUCGGUGACAGCUUCCUCCGAAAAUGGUACAGUGUAUAUGAUCUUGGUACCGACUCGGUCGCUUUGGCAAAGGCCAAAUAAGCUUGACCUAUGUCUGGUAUCCCAGAGAGCAGAGCGCAAUAACCUGCAGGUGAAAAGGACAAGUAAAGGGACUGUGCACCUUAUGUGUGCGAGUUAUAACCACGACCAUGAAUACGUGGACGAACUUUGAAGUCAAGUGGGUUUCUGAUACAUGAUUGUUGAAUUAUUUGCCUGAAAGCACAGGAGGUUUACUAUAUAAGAAUGAAGAGCACCAAUCAUCCUCCAUAUUUGACCGGCUCCAGACUCACACAAAUGCUGCCC